AAAAAUAAAAAAGAAAAAGAAAAAGAAGAGAGAAAGGGAACGAUUUCCCUCAAAGGUAACUCACCGAGCCGACUUAUUGAUUGAAAUUUGAAUAUUCGAAAAAGAAGACAUAAAAUAGUUCUUCAAAAUUAGAAGCUAAAAUAAAAUCGAAGCAUUCCCAAAGAGUUGCUUCAGUUUCAGCUGUAAUCGUUUUAGAGGUUCUGAUAAUCGCUCUGUCGAAAUGUCAGUGACGCUUCACACGAAUUUGGGCGACAUAAAGUGCGAAAUCUUCUGCGACGAGGUGCCGAGGACUGCUGAGAACUUUCUGGCGUUAGCUGCAAGUGGCUAUUACGAUGGAACCAUAUUUCACAGAAAUAUUAAGGGUUUCAUGAUACAAGGUGGUGAUCCGACCAAUACAGGCAAAGGUGGGACAAGUAUAUGGGGUAAAAAGUUCAAUGAUGAGAUAAGAGAGUCUUUGAAGCACAAUGCUAGAGGUAUGUUAUCCAUGGCGAACAGUGGGCCUAAUACUAACGGAAGCCAGUUCUUCAUUACCUAUGGCAAGCAACCUCAUCUGAAUGGACUCUAUACCAUCUUUGGGAAAGUGAUUCAUGGGUUUGAAGUGCUUGAUAUAAUGGAAAAGGCUCCAAUGGGUGCGGGGGAUCAACCUCUCAUGGAGAUCAGGAUCAACCGUGUAACAAUUCAUGCUAACCCACUUGCCGGUUGAAUAAAGGCUUUUAGAACACAAAGCGGUGCCUAGUUUGAAGACUGUCGUGCUUUAUCAUCGGAUAUCAGAAAACUUCAACACUCAACUGGUAGUUGUUGAUGGCAGAAUAUUGGAGAGUAAGAAACUUCUAACAUUUUCAGUUAUAAUGGUUGUGUAGUUUAUAUUGGUGACUGCUGGAUAUUUUCUUACUGCGAUGUUUCUAUUUCUGAACCCGAUAAAGUCUAAGUCGGGUUCCUGAUAUAUCGGUGACUGGAUAUUAGAUUGUCUUUGUUGAUAGGCGUGUUAUUGUAACAGUUAGAGAUGAUGAUACUUACAAUUAAGCUGAUGAUGGUACGACUGCUGCAUAUGUAGCAAUUGUCAUUGAAUGGGCAAAUUAUUGCAAUA